AUGAGGCCAAAUUAUUAUUAUUAUGCGGGAAGUAACAACAAGCGAUGUGCAGGAAAACAUUUUUGUAAUUUCGUGUAUGCGGUGAUCGCGGAGGAGCACGGUGCAGCGGCACGCCACACGCGUCGACGCUCACCCAAAACUCCUCGGCCGACUGUGACGAGCACCAAUCGUCGCGGCGGCGCACGCGCAGCCCCCGCUCCACCGCGGUCAGCACACCACCGCCCCGCGAUGGCCCGGCUCCCGUCUCACCGCUCGUUACCGAGUCAUAUCUAUGCUUACGAUAAACACUGUACUUAUUAUUAA